GCCCUGUUUCGCUGGCGGAGAGAAAUUGCGCUGAGAAAUCGCGAGCGAGAAAAAAUUAGGGUUUGCUUCGAAGCUCGAGGACGCCCACGUCGUUGCUGUUGCUGUUGCUGUUGCAGAUUUUCCAGCGUAUCGGAGACGAUGAUCUACGACGUCAACUCCCCUCUCUUCCGAUCUUUCCUCAGUCAGAAGGGUGGCGCCUCCGACAAGAGGAAGAUGGAAGAGCAGAGGCCCAAGGAGCAGAGACCCAAGGCCAACGAAAAUAAACCUGUCAUGACGGAGUAGAAUUCACUUAUUGGCAUGGCCCUUCGGAGUCGAGGCAGACAUGAGUGACAGAAUGUUUCAUUUUGGAAGUGUAUGUGUCUACUGCGAUGUUUGAGCGGUUUACUUUUUGGAUUGAGGACUUAUUUCAAUAUCAAGUUUCUGCUGAUCCUUGUGAUUUUGGUCUUUAGGGCAGGUUAAUUGAAGCAGAUUGUUUUUGCUUUGA